AUCCGAACUGCACUGGGAACUGUGGAACCGCCCAGCUCCGCCGCCGGAGAGGCUGAAGCCCCGAGCCCCCAGCGGCGUCGCUGCGCCUGGCGGCCUCCGGCUCCACCGGCUCCUGCCUGGCCGGGACCAUGGGAGUCCGCUCGCCCCUGCCGGCAGGUGGGAUGGCUACCUGGGACCCCAGCAGGGCACACCUCUCUGUCCUGUUCCUGGGCUUUCUGAAAACCUUCUAAUUCCUGGUACCCCCUGCAACUCUCCUCUGGUUUAAGGAUCUUUUCUAAAGGUUUGGGAUUUUUAUGUAUUUUUUUUUUUUUCCUGGAGAAGCUUCGGCCGAAUAUUUUCUUCUGCUUUGCUUCUUAAACUUAGCCUGUUUAACUUUUUUGUGACUUGUUUUAAUUUGAACUUGAGAGAGAGCACAUGCAUACAUACUAUACACAUCUGUAUAAAUAAUAUUUUAUAUAUACUAUUUUCUAAGCACAUGUGUCUCUGGCACUUUUCAUUGAUACCUCUGUCCUUUACCUGUUUGGGAUUUGACAAGAUUCAGUCAGUGAUCGCUGUGGAUUCUGAUUGCUUUGCCAAUGCUUAUUUCUUCUCUAGAAUUGGGUCUUCAUCACUCACCAAGGACUUCAGAGUAACUGGGGACACUACCAGCCUUGCCUACUGAGCUUGAUGGAAGAUCGGAUGCAGAUGAGUCGAUUCUACUCUGUGAAGUAUUCGCUGCCAUCAGCCUGGGCUUAAGCUACUUUUUCAGCACCAAUUCACCUGUAGACACUUCUAAAUUUUAUUUUACUGGGAAAAAAAAGUCUGGGUGAAGAAGAGAUCGCUUUUAAGAAGUUAGCCUCCUUCUCCCUCUACAAGUUGAGGCAAAAGACAAGGCUGUGACUCCAGUGGGCUGUAUCUUUAAAACAAAAUAGGAGAAGGAAAAGAAAGGGACAAUGGCUCUUAGUGGAAACUGUAGUCGUUUUUACCCCCGGGAACAAGGAGCAUCAGUUCCCAACUCCUUCCCUGAGGUCAUAGAGCUGAAUGUUGGGGGUCAAGUUUAUUUCACUCGCCAUUCUACAUUGAUAAGUAUCCCUCACUCCCUCCUGUGGAAAAUGUUUUCCCCAAAGAGGGACACGGCGAAUGACCUAGCCAAAGACUCCAAGGGAAGGUUCUUUGUUGAUAGAGAUGGCUUCUUGUUCCGUUACAUCCUGGACUAUCUCAGGGACAGGCAGGUGGUCCUGCCUGAUCACUUCCCAGAAAGGGGGAGACUGAAAAGGGAAGCAGAAUACUUCCAGCUCCCAGACUUGGUCAAACUACUGACCCCUGACGACAUCAAGCAAAGCCCAGAGGAGUUCUGCCACAGUGAUUUUGAAGAUGCCUCCCAAGGAAGUGACACUAGAAUCUGUCCUUCCUCGCUGCUCCCUGCCGAUCGCAAGUGGGGUUUCAUUACUGUGGGUUACAGAGGAUCCUGCACCCUGGGCAGAGAGGGCCAAGCAGAUGCCAAGUUCCGGAGAGUUCCCAGAAUUCUGGUUUGUGGAAGGAUUUCCUUGGCAAAGGAAGUCUUCGGAGAAACUUUGAAUGAAAGCAGGGACCCUGACCGAGCCCCGGAAAGAUACACCUCCAGGUUUUAUCUCAAGUUCAAGCAUCUGGAAAGGGCUUUUGAUAUGUUGUCCGAGUGUGGAUUCCACAUGGUGGCCUGUAACUCAUCGGUGACAGCAUCUUUUGUCAACCAAUAUACAGAUGACAAGAUCUGGUCCAGUUAUACAGAAUAUGUCUUCUACCGGGAGCCUUCCAGGUGGUCAUCCUCGCACUGUGACUGCUGCUGUAAGAAUGGCAAAGGUGACAAAGGAGAGAGCGGCACAUCUUGCAAUGACCUCUCCACCUCCAGCUGUGACAGCCAGUCAGAAGCCAGCUCCCCCCAGGAGACCGUCAUCUGUGGGCCUGUGACACGCCAGACCAACAUCCAGACUCUGGAUCGUCCCAUCAAGAAGGGUCCAGUGCAGCUGGUCCAACAGUCCGAGAUGCGGCGGAAAAGCGAUCUGCUUCGGACUCUAACCUCGGGCUCCAGAGAGUCGAACGUGAGCAGCAAAAAAAAAGCUGUUAAGGAAAAGCUCUCCAUUGAGGAGGAGCUAGAGAAAUGCAUCCAGGAUUUUCUGAAGAUAAAAAUUCCAGAUCGGUUUCCUGAGAGAAAACACCCUUGGCAAUCUGAACUUUUACGAAAAUAUCACCUAUAGGGGAGGGCUGGGGAU